AUGGAAGAAUUCAAUAUUGAUUCCAUAUUAUCCAAUAUAGUUGACCUUAAUGAAACUAAUUGGACGCCCAUAUCGAAAAUUCCCAUUGUUUUAAAAGAGAUUGAAAAAGUAAAAACAGAAAUGAAAACAUUUUUGAACAAUAAUGACUUUGAUAUAUCAGCUGUUCUAAAAGAGUCCAAUGAAUUAUGUGUUGAAAGUCAGCAUCUAAUCAAGGAAAUGGAGACUUGUAAACAGGAAAUUGAAGAGGUUACUAUGGAUGAAAUACUCACAUCUAUUGAGAGUCAUGAUUUAAUUACCAAAGAAUUAGAAACUGUUAACUUUGUGUAUAAAAUAGUCAGUGACAUUAUCUACUGUGGGAAAUAUGUAAAAGAAUAUGAGGAGAGAAAAGGAGAUCAGAGUUAUUCAAGAGCUGUUGACAUUGUGUAUGAUUUACUAACUUAUGUUGAUAAUCAUUCAGAGAGCUUUAAUCACUUGGAAAUAUAUUCUAAUGCAAAAGUUACUGGGCAGCUCAUAUUAGAAGGAGUAAUGCAUGAAUUAUUAACUGAAUGGGAAAGAAUGGUAAACUAUGGCACUAGAAUAGAUAAAAAGAACUGUACUAUUGCAACCAUUACUGUAGCAAUAAGUGAAUCUCUAUCAAGUAUAGACAUACUGAAUGCGCUGGAUAAGUGUAAAAAGUUGGAAGAAAGAGUUACAGCCUUAGCACAGUUUAUUUUGAAGGAGAUUCUUAUACCUUUCAUGCAUCACCUUUGCUUAACCGAGUCUGAAUGUGAUGAGGUUUCUAUUGUGUGUGUGUCUAUUGAACAGAAACCAAAUUAUAAACCAACUUAUGAUGAAGUAAUAGGAAAUAUUAGAUUAUUUUUCCAGUACUUAAGAGAAAAAUUAAAUAUUGAAUUUAGAAGAUCAGUUACUUUAUUAAGUUUGAUUGGUCAACAAAUUUGUGAUGAAUUUUGUGAAAUGAUUAUUAAGGAUGUUUUUAUUCACACUGUUCCAAAUAAUAUUACAGAUCUACAAUCAUACAAUACGGUUACUUCUGUAAUACAAGAUUUUCAAGAUUUUCUUCGCUCAGUCUACUUUUUUCCUGAGAAUGGACCUUCAUUAUUAAGUUAUAUGGAUAAUAUAGACUUUCUUUUUGCUGAUAAGUCAAGCCAAUAUUUCUUGGAAACGGCAAGAGGAAUUAUGGUCAAAGACUUGAGUAUAUCAAUGUCAAUUGGGGUUGAGAAAAUACCUGAUAACAGUCGUCAAAUGAAGAUGACCAAUAAUGAUGAUGUUGCAGAGGCAUUGGCCAUUCUUGAUAAGACAAUUCCACAAAGUCUUUUUUACUUCCCUAGAUGUAUGAUCUCAAAGACAACUCAAGAGUUGUUAGAUUUAGUUUAUGGGCUUAUGGAGCAAGCAGUACAAUGCACAGAUUUUGUUUGUAGAAAAUUAUAUAAUACUUCUCGGUUCAUUUUUGAAUUAUAUGAUGCUGUUGUUCCAUACCAUCAUGAAAACUUCCUGCUGACCAUACCACAAUAUGUUGCAUUAUUCCAUAACAACUGUUUGUACCUUGCACACAAUUUGCAAACACUAGGUGAUAAAUGGCUUAACCUGAUGGAAGGCCGUCAAGUCAACUAUGCAAUCAACUUCUUAGACCUUGUUCAGAAGAUGAGAGAGCUUGGUUACAAGUACCUCACCAUGCAAAUGCAGCAGCAGAGGAAACAAAUUUUGGAUAAUAUUCGCACCUCCGAUUUAAAUUGCAUGGUUGGAAAAGAUGCACUCGGUGAAAACGCAGAAGCAGCAGUGAGACAGUGUCUUCGUCAAUUGCAGUUACUCAAGAAUGUUUGGAUCGGAGUCUUUCCGGCUAAUGUAUUCACCAGAUUAAUGGCAACACUAGUCAACAUGUUUAUGGAUGAGUUAAUACAUAGAGUGUGCACCGUUGAAGACAUUCCCGUGGAGAUGGCAACACAGCUCACAGACAUGUACAACUUGGUUGUGCUGAAAGUACCACAUUUGUUCCAUAAAACCGCUGACGUUGAAAAGCACGUGAAGGCCUGGCCAAAGUUUAAGGAGGUUAUCUUUGUUCUUGGAGCAUCUCUUAGAGACCUUGAUAGUCACUGGAAUGACGGAAGUGGACCACUAGCAAUAUACUUCAGUACAGAAGAGUUAAGGAGUCUCAUUAAAGCCUUAUUCCAGAACACACAGUACCGCGCAAAUUUCCUUCUCAAAAUUAAAUAGAUUGUAGUCCAUAUCUAAAUUAAAUGGUGUUUGAUUA